ACGCCUUCGACAGAAGUAUCAACAACAGCCAACAUGUCCGACGUCGAGCAAAAGACACCGAACAAGACAGGCGCCAGUGGUGCUACAUGGUCUGACGCUGAGAAAAUCGCAUACCUCAUUGUCCUAUGUGAGAAUGAGGGCAAGGUUGAUGGCAAGAUCGCCGCGGCCCCUAUCCCUGUCGGUCGCUCCAUCGUCUCCUGCAAGAAGCUGCUCUGGCGUUUGAAGGAGAAGCACAAAGACGACAUCGAGAAGAUUAAGAACCACCAGCCCGUCAACGUUGCUGCAAGUGCCAGUGGCGAGGCCACUGCCACGCCCGAGAAGUCAAAGACGCCCCGAAAGCGCAAGACCAAAGCUGAGGGCGACAGCGCGGACAAUGGCGAUGCCGAUGGUUCGCCCAAGAAGAAGGCUGGUGGUCGCAAGAAGAAAGCCGAUGUGGUCAAAGAGGAGAUGGACGAAGAUGAAGAAAUGCUGGUUUAGGCUGCUGAUGCAUCAAGGGACACUGGCUCUUGGUAAUGGAUAUGAUGGUAGUAGCGAUUCAACUGGUGAGGAAGCUUGUCGACUCCGGCUCUUUUUACGUCUAUGAAUCAAGCACCCAUACGGUUAGGCUUGAGACAUUGCUUGCUUUGGCAAAUAGGAAAUAAAAUUACUUUGUCAACGAGA